UGUGCUCCUAUACGGGAGCGAGAGUAUCUGUGCUCCUAUACGGAAGCGAGAGUAUCGCAAAGAGCUGAAUGUAUAUAACAUUGUGGAAACCGUCUCUUUGCUCCAUCUCCAUUCUCACUAACAGCUCAGUCUCGCUUCCCAUCUUGAUACACCGCAAACAACCUCCGUUCCAUCGCAAGUACUGUUCUGAGCACACAAUAGCCUUGCUCGUGAGUUCUCUAGCACCCAGUAGACAUCAACAUGUCAGCGACCAGCGCCCGAAGUCUCGUCGUAACCGGCGCGACCGGCAAGCAGGGUGGCGCUCUUAUCAGAGCACUGCUCGCCCAGCCAAGUCAACCAUUCCAGAUCUACGCUUUGACCCGCAACAAGAGCUCGAAGGGCGCGCAAGCACUUGCAACUAAGCCCAACGUGCACGUUAUCCAGGGCAGCUUCGAUCAACCCGGCGACAUAUUCAAGCAAGUGCAGAAGCCAUGGGGUCUCUUCCUCAUGACCAUGCCCAUGAACCCCGUCAAAGAGGAACAGGAAGGCAAGGCCAUGGCGCGAGCUGCUUUGGAGGCUGGCGUCAAGCACAUCAUCUUUACUGCUACCGACCGCGGCGGGCAGGAGAAGAGCGAGCAGAACCCCACCGACAUCGCGCAUUUCCGCAGCAAGUUCGAGAUUGAGAGGGAGAUCGCUGCCCAAGUGAAGAAGUACGACGCGACUUAUACUUUCUUGCGACCGGUUGCGUUCUUCGAGAAUCUGGCUCCCGGUUUUAUCGGCAAGGCUUUCGUGUCCAUAUGGAGACUCAACGGCGCCGACAGGAAGCUCCAGAUGAUCAGCACAUCGGACAUAGGCAGGAUAGGCACGGAAGCCUUCCUCAACGCCGACAGCGACGAGUAUUGCAACAAGGGCAUAUCAAUCGCCGGCGAUUCACUGACACCCACUGAAGCGGCGCAGAUCUUCAAGCAAGUGACUGGCCAAGAGAUUCCCUGGACGUAUAGCAUUGUUGGCAGAUUGAUUAAGUGGAUUUUAUAUGAACAGCUCGGGAAGAUGUUCGACUGGUUCGCAACUGAGAGCUAUGGAGCGGACGUGCCAGCACUGCGGAAACGGUACCCCUUCAUGCAAGACUUUAAGACGUGGCUGGAGCAGGACAGCGCUUGGAAGAAGGCUUGAUAUGACCAUGGACGGUGUAGGAGGAAUUCGGUUUGCGGCUCAGCGGUGCUGUGGAGUAAUAAGAGCAUAAGGCACGUUACUGCUUGACUGCGGCUGCAAAUGGCAAACUGUAGUCAAAUAUUCGCUCGGAGGCUACACACAGGCGCCCACUUUUCGCGUGGCCGUAAAAUAAUUGGAGCAGUACUGCAUACGGUCGUAUCGCGUGUAGGGUAGUUGGUGUGAAGCACAGCAUGGCCGAUCCCGAGAAGCCCCAAUAUUCCUUUGGCU